AUGCACUGUUCAUUGAUCGAGAGGAAGAGGUUGGGGGGGGGGGGGGGGGGUUCCGCCGCCGCACAAAGGAAGAAGUUUCCUUCCUCAGCCUCUCCGGCGCCUCGCCGGGGCCAUCGCCGACCGCCACCAUCGCUCUUCUUCCUCUCCUCCUUCCUCGCCGACAAGCCACCACGAACGGAGCGCCGCCCUCUCGACGGCCAGCAGUCGAACCUCCUCAUCUCCUCGUCCUCGUCUCCCUCACGGGCUUCUCGCCGGUCGCCAGCCUCCGCCUCCCCUCCUCUCCCUCCGGCCGCAAGCACCUCCUCUUCUCCCUGCUUGCGCGCGCUGCCUCGAGCUCUCUCGCCUUCGCCACUUCGUUCUUCGCCGGCCCUCGCCACGGCUCCUCUUCUCCUCUUCGUGGUGCUGCCACCAGAUGGGCACGACGCCGCCUCCUGCGGCCAACGCCGCUGCCUCUGGCGACCGGCGCUGCCUCCUGCGGCCGUCGCCUCCUCCUUUCCCGGCCGCUGCCACCUUCUCCCGCAGCCACUGCCGCUGCCUCCGGCAGGCGCUACUGCCUCUAGGAAGAGCCAGCCGCUGCCUCCGGCGGGUGCUGCCGCCCCCGGCGGCCAUCACCGCUACCUCACGCAGCCUCCGGCGGCUACGGAUGCCACUGCCGACGCCCCCAGCGGGCAUCGACAUUUCUUCCAGUGGCCACCGGCUCUUCCCGCCGCUGCCACAGACGUCGAUGCCUAUAGCAGGUGUCGCCUCCAGCGAUAG